AUGCCGAGAACUCCCGUCCGCGGCGCCGCCGCCGUCGCCGCCGCUGCCAUCGCCGCUACCGCCGCGAGGCCCGCUGCCGCACCCGCCGCGGCAGCACCGGCGGCAGGCGCGAAGAAGAAGACACCGGCCCCGAAAGCCAAGAAGUCCAAGCCGGUGGCGCGGCACUUCACCCCGCUCGUGGCCGGUGCGGGCGGGGGUAGCGGCUGGGCGACGAAAGAAGACGCCCGCGGCUCCAAGAAGGGGAAGGCGGGCAAGCUGCAGGCGGGAAGCACGCAGGCACCAACCGCCGCGGCAGGUUCUGCCGUUGACCUAGGAGCGGUGGCGGGAGGGAGCGGUGGCACGAGCGGGGUGGGUGGUGGUCCGGCGGCCGUGGCCGCGGCGGCGGCGACAGAUAGCGCUCCUGGGGCGGCAACGGUUGCCGCUGUAGAGGACGGGGGUGUCGGCGGCGGGGGGGGGCGUCCUGAGAAGCGCCCUCUUUCGGAAGCUGACGCGGCCGUUUCCCCCCCUCCCGCAGACAGCGGCACGGAGGCUCCUUCUCCGAAGAAGAAGCAGAAGGUUCACGAGGCCGGCAAUUCGGAACCAGGAGACGCCCCUACUACGGCGCAGGCGGCGGCGACGUUGGGCUCGCCCGAAUCGGACUCGGCCAACAGCAGCAAGCGGAAGAUCUCGGCGGCCACCGGUAGAGGGCAGGACGAAGCGAUGGAUGUAGAGAGCGCGGUGACCGAGAGGGACGAGAAAAACCCGGGCGAGGCGCAGGACGGAGAGAGCACUGCCGCUGCCGCUCCCGCUGGCUGCGACACCGCCGGCAAUGCCAGCCCCAAGAAGAAGGCACGAGCAGCGGAGGCUUCCUCUCCCGUCAGUAGCAGCCCCCAGCCUCCAGCGGCGGCGGCGGUGGCGGCAGUGGUUUCGUCUAGCAACACCGGCGUGGGCAAGAGCCCCGCCCCCCGCAGCCAGGAACCGGGCCGGGGCGUAGCACCUACCGAGGGAGAAGGGGCAAGGACAAACGGCGGAAAAGAAGCGGCGACGGCGGCGGCUGUGGAGGCAGGUCAAGCGGCGGCGGUCGUAGCGACGGAGGCAUCGGCUCCUCCUCAGCCACAAGAAGAACUCCCAACCUACGUCAGAAUUGGGGGCGUGAUGCAAGUGCGGUGCAAGAUCUGCAAGACCCGUCUCGGCAGAGCCGGGUGCACGACGGGGAGCUGCCUCGACUGCUGCUUCAAGUCCGCCCUGCCCUGCGGGGCCCACGCCAAGCAGCUGCAGCGCAAGCGCCUGGAGGAAGAGCUCCUCUCGGCGGGACCAAGCCAGAGCCAGAUCAGGGAAAAGCAGCGCAACAUCAAGGACAUCUUCAAGGAGGAGUCUUUCCACGCUAUCGGCGACACGGCGACCGUGUGGUGCUUCUUGGACUUCUUGUGUGCCAAGUCCAACCAGGCGGCCUUCACGUCUCUCUCGAGAACUCAGCGAGCCACCGCCGGCCGAGACGCCCCCCGCUCCAGGAGAGCCUCUGGAGGGGGUCCCGCAGCACGAAGGAGACGGGGAGGUGACGACGCAUCGCCGCCGGCGCCCCCGACGUCGUCGGCGAACGUCGAUGGCUCAGCGGCGGCGGCCGCGGGGGACCCCGAGUCAGCGGUCGACGGCAAGGCCCGCCGCCGCCCCCGCGUCCGCCCGGCGGUGGCGCGGUGGCAGCGCAAGAACGCGGAGAUGCUCACCGCCCUCCGUGAGGGUGAGGGCGGUGGUUCUUCUUCGUUGGCCGUGGCUACCUCCGCCUAA